UGGGAUACCUGGGAAGAAAUGUGGAAGCAUCAUCUUCACAGCCGAGGAGCUCAGUAACUGCAGAGACAACGCCACCAUGCAGCUUUGUGCCAACAAACUGGAUAAAAAAGAUUUCUUCGGCAAGUCUGACCCUUUCCUCGUCUUCUACCGGAGCAACGAGGACGGAACGUUCACGAUCUGCCAUAAGACUGAGGUGAUCAAGAACAAUCUGAACCCUGUCUGGCAGCCGUUCACCAUCCCUGUGCGAGCGCUCUGUAAUGGAGACUAUGACAGGACAGUCAAGGUGGACGUAUACGACUGGGACAGAGACGGGAG